AUGUCGUCCUGGGCUUCCGCUUCCUCCUCCCAGGCGCAAGCCAGCUUUACUCCCGCCCUCUCCGACAACGAAGACGAGCUCGACAUCCAGCCCGAGGAACACGUCGUCGCGCUCCACGACUUCAACUCCAACAAUGCCACCUGCCUCUCCUUCCAGGCCGGCCAGGUCAUCAGGGUCUACAAUCGCGACCCCUCCGGCUGGUGGGACGGCGAACUCGACGGUCAGCGCGGCUGGUUCCCCAGCAACUACGUAGACCAGGAGGCCGUCUACGUAUCCGACGACGGUCACGCCAACAGCUAUUCCUACGAACAUCCCGACCUCCUUCGUCCUGCCUCCAUCAGCCGAGCUUCGUCCCACCACCACCCGCCAUCCGCUCCCGCAGACACAGCCCACCACCAGCGCUACUUUUCCGCAAACUCCUCCCGCUCCUCCACCCCGACCUCCACCCCCUUGGUCGAUCGCGGAGAUGCCGGCGUCCUCGAUCCCAUCUUGCACGCCAUCUCGCUCCUCCGCAAUGCCGUGCGUGCCAACCGUGUGGCACACUUCCAGCCCUCCACCGCCUGCGUCAUCUCCUCGGUCCGCUCCGUCCUCUCCGCCACCGACUGCCUCACUCGCGAGUCGCCCGUGCUCAAGGCAAAUCCCCAGCUCGCCCGCGAGCGCAAGGCCAUCCUCUCCGAGCUCAGCAAGCUCGUCGCACAGGCACGCACCGCUUCCGCUCCCAUGGUCGACGAGACCCAGCGUCCCCAAGAGAUGGACUCCAUGCUCCAACUCGCUGACCACGUGCUCGCCAACGUGCGCGACUUUCUCACCGUCGCCCUCGAAUCCGGCGUGCCCGUGCCCGAUCGCCGCUCUUCCGUCUACGACGACCUCUACACCUCCCGCUCCGCCGCCGCCGCCGCCGCACCGCCUGCCGACCCUCGCGCUCGCUCCGCAAACGCCCCACACGAGCUCGACAAGACUCCCACUCCGCAGUAUCCUCACGCGCGCGCCUCCGCUUCUGCCCCCGGCUACCCAUCGCGACAGGAAUACGCCGCAACCUACGACACGGCCACAGGCUACACCGACACGCGCCGCAGCUAUCUCCAGCAUCGCCACCCCUCCGACGGCUCGCUCGAAUCGUCAGAGGAAGGCGCCCAUGCCAUCGCACAAGCUCGAUCCAUCACACAGCGACAGCUCAACGGACGCGCCGAAACCGUCGCCGCCGCCGUCGCCAACCAUCUCGGCAUGGCGCGCUCUCGCUCCGACUCGAGCUCCGAAUCGCCCGACUCCACCUCCGGUCACGACACCGCCUCCCACCACGGCUCGGCCGGCUCCGCCGACGACGACGAGCCUCCCAGCCCCAUCGAGCGCACUCCCCACGAGGUCAUGCAGCGUCUCAGCAUCACCAACGACCAGCUCCUCUCCAUCAUCGCCGCCUUCAUCGGCCACGUACACACCCACACCUCCGAGAGCCACGCUUCCAGCUACGCUCAUCUCAUCGACAUGACGCGCGAGGCCGUCGUCGGCGUGCGCAACCUCUUACUCGUGGUCGAGGCCGUCAACAACAACGUCGUCCUCCAGCAACUGCGUCCGCGCCAGACCUCCAUCCUCUGGGAGACGCGCGAGAAUCUCUACGAGGCCACCACUCAGCUCGUCACCGCCGCGCGCAUCGUCACCUCGGCUCCCUCGGCCUCCAUCACGGCUGGAUCGGCUGCCGAAGCCGAGGACAAGUCGCGCCUUCUCCAGGCUGCCACCAGCGUGCUCAGGACCGGCGGAGAGUGCGUCGGUGCCGUGCGUCUCUGCAUCGACCGCCUCGAGCCCGGCUUCACCAUCUCGCUUCCCGAGCCAUCUCGCUCGCGACACCCGCGCGCUUCGUCGCAAUCGCGCGCCUCGGCCGAGCCCGAGUCCAACGGCCACUCGGGCGAGCAUGGCGAUGCGCGCACAGACGAUGCGGAUGCAGACGCCGCUCGCGAGACCCGCCGAAAGAACACGCUCUCUUUCCUCGGACGCAAGGCAACCAGCCUGUCGUCGCUCAAACAAAAGUACGAGCGCGGCGAGCACUCGACCGACUUUGAGGACAUCGACGAGGACGAGCACAGCGGCGAAGAAUCGGAAGCGUCCAAGCCCGGCGGCCGCACCGCGCACGCCAUGUCCAGCCGCUCCUCCUCGCUCAUGGGUGCCGCCCCUUCCUCGGGCGACCGCAGUUCGCACCCCGCUCAAGCUCGCACGUCUGUCCCUGGCAGCAGCGCAUCGGGAGCGGGCUCGUCGGUCGAAAUGCUGUCGGAGGACGCGGCUCGAACGUCGCGAUCCACGAUCCAGUCGAUCCGAUCCGAAUGCACUGGCGAAACCUCGGCUCGUCCUUCGCUCGAGGCGCAGCUAGCUACAGGCACCGUGCCGGAUGCGCACACCACCGCGCAGACCGCAGCCAAGCAGCUCGCCGGCGGCGCGGUGGAUCGACAGUCGAUGUACAGGGAGCACCGGGGUCCCACCAGCUCGCUCGAGGCUCGCUACAUGGCGCCCGACUACGAUCCGUCGGACGUCGUGUGUAACUCGGAAGGGCAGGUGACCGGAGCCACGCUCAGGGCGCUCGUCGAGAAGAUGACGCCGCACGACACCAUGGUGGAAGCGACGUUCUCGAGCUCGUUCUUCCUGUGCUUCAGGAUGUUCUCGUCGCCGCAGGAGCUGCUGGAUGCGCUCGUGGCGCGCUUCGAGAUGCGUCCGCCCGCCGACGUGCCGAUGAGCGAGGCGGACGUGGCGCGCUGGAACGACAAGAAGCUGGUGCCCGUGCGAUUGCGCGUGCUCAACCUCAUCAAGAACUGGCUCGAGAAUCACUGGAAUCCCGUCACGGACCGCGUGAUCCUGCAGCAGCUGAUUCCGUUUGCGGAGCGAUGCACCAGCGCUAGCGGUGUGGGCGGACCCGCGCACCGCGUCGCCGAGCUGGCGCGCAAGCGACUCGACGGCGCCACGCAGAAGACCACGGUGCUCGUGGGCAACACGCGCGGGCCGGGAAGCCUGCAGCGCGUCAUCUCGUCGGAGCGCAUGAAGGGCGGGCUGGGACUCGCCAUGACGGAUGCUUCGCAGAUGUACGCGCCCUCGGCGUUUGCCAAGGGCGGCGCGCUCCCGCCGACGUCGGUGGUGUCCAAGACGCUACUGGCGAAUCUGCGUCAGGAGAACUUUGACAAGAUCAGCGUGCUCGACUUUGAUCCGCUCGAGCUGGCGCGACAGCUGACCAUCCUGGACAGCAAGCUGUACUGCGCGAUCCAGCCGGAAGAGCUGCUGGGAUCCAAGUACACCAAGGAGACCAAGGCGGCGGGGAUGGGUGCGGAUGUGCACGUGAAGAGCAUGUCGUCCAUGUCGACGCGCAUCACGGGGUGGAUCAGCGAGUGCAUCCUGGGCGAGGCGGACGCGCGCAAGCGCACACAGCUGCUCAAGUUCUUCAUCAAGCUGGGCGACCGAUGCGAGCAGCUCAACAACUUCCACACGCUCAUGGCGAUCCAGUGUGCGCUCAACUCUUCGACCAUCGCGCGGCUGAAGAAGACCUGGGAUGGACUGUCGACCAAGUACCGCGGCAUGAUGGAUCAGCAGCGACGCGCGGUGGAGCACACGCGCAACUAUGCGGCGUACCGUGCGCGGCUGCGCAACACGAUGCCGCCUGCGAUUCCGUUCCUGGGGCUCUUCCUGACGGACCUGACGUUCUGCCACGAGGGCAAUGCGGCGACGCGACCGUGCCCGUCGAACGCGGACAAGAAGCUGCUGAACUUCGACAAGUACGUCAAGAUAAGCCGCAUCGUGGGCGAGGUGCAGCGCUUCCAGGUGCCGUACAAUCUGGUCGAGGUAAAAGAGAUGCAAAAGUUCCUGCAGCGCGCGCUCGACGAUGUGCAGGGCGCACAGGGCGGGCGUGGCGCCGACGACCUCUACCGACGCAGUCUGCUGCUCGAGCCGCGAGCCGCCACCAAGCGCGGCGGCGCCGCAGCCGCAGCGGGAUCGACGGCGUCGUUGAGCGGGAGCGUAGCCAUGCGCCAGAGCAGCAACGGCGCCCCAACGGAUAACGGCAAGCUGGCCGGACUGGAUAUCUUUAACUGGCGCACCGACAAGACCUAG